ACUGGAGCGAGGAUGAGAGUUGGAGGCAGGUUCAUGUCUGCGGGUUUCGGCACUCCGGAUUAUACAAAACGAACAGCACGAGCAACAGCGUCUACCUCGACAUUGACAGCUUCGAGCUCGGGAAGAGGGAGAGCGCCGUCUCCCCCAGAUUCUGCACCCCGUGUACCCCGCGCAUUGCGAUCAAACCCCACCCACCUACCACCCACAGCAACAUCCUCAACCCCCUCAACCCUCGCAAACCCCGCAAACCCACCAAGCGCACCCCUCCCCCCCGCACCUCAAAUAGAGACAGACGAUCUCGGACUCCCCCUAAGUCCCACUUGGUCCCUCAGCUCUCUCUUCCCCCCCUCCUCUUCCCCCUCCUCCCCCAUGCUAUCAGACGAGAAACUCACCAAGCUGGCCAAGCUUGCCGCUCUCUGUCUUCCUGAGUCUGAGGUGGAGAGGGAGAGGCUGCGCCUGGAGGUGGGUGGGCUUGUGCGCUUGGUAGAAGGUGUUAGGGGGGUUCGGGUGCCUUUGGAGCAGAAGGAAGACGGGGAGGGGGAGGUGGUAUGGAGCGCUGAGAGUGGAGAUGGGCCAGAGGAGGAGGGAGACCCGGAGGAGAAUAUGGAGUUUCUUCAGCUUGUUUAUCCGGGGCGUACGAGGCGCGGGGAAGGC